ACAAGCCCCGUCUCCUGCAUUGCAGUACCCUCCACUCUCUGAUCUGCUUCACCCGCCAGAGGAACAGAAACAGACAGACGAGCCGCAAAACAGCGCAGUCAUGUUGCUUUUAACUCUGCUUUUCGUGUCUUCAGCUGUAGCAACCCCUCUGCUGGGCACUGAGCAGUGUGCUCGUGGCCCCCCCUACUGGUGUCAGAAUGUAAAGAUGGCGUCUCUGUGCGGAGCUGUGACUCACUGCCAGCAGAAUGUGUGGAACAAGCCCCAAAUGAAAACAGUGCCAUGUGACUUGUGUAAAGAGGUGUUGUUGGUGGUGGAGCAAAUACUGAAGGACAAUGCCACUGAGGGUGAGGUUCUUGGGUACCUGGAGAAAGCCUGCCAGCUCAUCCCCGAUCAAAGUUUGACUGCAGAGUGCAAGGAGAUGGUGGAUAGCUACUACCCCAUCAUCAUGGGAAUCAUUACUGGAGAACUGGAGGAUCCCAGUGUGGUAUGUGGUGCCAUCGGGCUGUGUAAGUCUCAGCAGGCAGCCCUGGCUAAGGCUCAGGCCCAGGAGCAGCUGAUGUCCAAUGAAAUCCCCCAGGUUGACCUUUCCCAGCGAGUAGCUCCCUUCCUCCUCAAUGUGCCUGAGCUCCUCUAUCCUCAGGAGAGUCCCAAGCAGGAGGCCCCCAAACAGGAGACUCCAAAGCAGGAAAGUGAUGACGUGUGCCAGGACUGCAUCAAGUUCCUGACUGAUGCUCAAGCCGAAGCCAAGGCCAACUCCUCAUUUAUUGACUCUCUCAUUGAGAAUAUUGAGAACCAGUGUGACCUGCUGGGGCCAGGCUUGUCCACAAUGUGCAAGCAAUAUGUCAGCCAGUAUGGUAGCCUUGUUGUCGAGCAACUUAUGUCCAUGGAACAGCAACCCAAGGAUAUCUGUGUCCAUGCUGGCUUCUGUACUGCUGCUCUGAAGAACUCCAUUCCUAUGCUGAAGCUGCAGGCUGCCAAGAUUGUGCCCACUGCCAAGGCUGUACCUGCUCUCAAGCUUUUCCCUGCCACCAAGGUUGAGUCUGCUAAGCCCAUGGUGCGUGUCCGUGAUUCCUCAGCAUGUGCCAUCUGUGAGUUUGUGAUGAAGCAGCUGGAGAGUAUGUUGGAGGAUCAGAAAACAGAGGAGGAGGUGAUUCAAGCUGUGGAGAAGGUGUGCACAUUUCUGCCCUCCACUCUGACUGCCCAGUGUAAGGACCUGAUUGAGACUUACGGCCAGGCCAUCAUCGAGCUGCUGGUGCAGCAGGCUGACCCUAAGACUGUCUGCAAAGUGUUGGCACUCUGCAACGAUGCCAGUCGCGCAUAUGUCCAAGCACUCGACCAGACGCGCUUCAAGGCUGGAGGCUACUGCGAUUUGUGCAAGGUGAUCGUCUCCUACAUCGAUGCGAUUCUGGAGCGUAACGCUACUGAGGCACAGAUUGAGGAGGCUGUGAGGAGGUUAUGCAGCUUCCUGCCCGACUCUUACCAGACUGAUUGUGACCAGAUGAUUGAACAGUAUGAGCCAAUGCUUGUCCAGCUGCUGCUCCAGAUGCUCGACCCAGACUUCGUGUGUAUGAAACUGGAAGCCUGCCCUGAAGCUGUGCAAAGGCUGCUGGGAUCAGAGCAGUGCAGCUGGGGACCUGCAUUCUGGUGCAAAAACAUGGAGACAGCAACUCGGUGCAAUGCUGUGGCUCACUGCAAACGCCAUGUGUGGGUAUAGAGGAAGUGAAGACCAGCACAAACUGACCUGUAGGGAAUUAAAAGAAAAAAUACUGUAGUGCUGCUUCCCACUUUCAAUUUGUGUCCUGUUUUCCUUUUUUUUUUUCUUAAAAGACUGCAAUUUAUGUUUAAAUUAACUUUGGUAUUUUGAAUGAUGUCAUGGUGGAAAGGGACUGGACAGGGUUUGUUUUGUUUUUUUUUCUUCUCUCCUCCUGGGGUGGGGGGGCAGGAAAGGAGUGAUUACGUGUAUAUUGGCCUACAGCUCAGCCUGUCGUUGCUUCACUGAGCAGAAGUCACAAAGCUGCACGAUUGGGCUUUGCAUCAUUUGGUUUGUAUUUCCCUAUAUUGCUUGGUUUUGUGUGUGUGUGUGUGUGUGUGUGUGUGUGUGUGUGUGUGUGUGUGUGUGUGUGUGUGUGAGUGAGAGAACACAAAUUCAAGUUUCACAUUUUAUAUAAUGUUGACUCAGCAGCAGGUGGCUUCUGUCCUGAUGGGUCUUCAGCCCCCCCCCCACUCAGCUGUAUUCGAUUCUUUCUCCCUGGAGGAAGUAAUUGCAAAUAAGAGAAAGCUCUGUGUGUUAAGAAUGACUGACUGGCAUUAGUUUUAGUAGUCUGUCUGAUCCUUUAAACAAAUUUCUAUUUCGGAGACUGAUUGUUUUAGUGUUUUUUAGUUUUAACAAGCUAAUAUUGGAGGUAAUUAGUCUGAGAGUGUACCUCCGACUCACCUCCAAUUGUUUGCAAUCUUCCUACAGUUUGUAAAUCACUGUUUCUAACAAGUAUCUCAAAUUCAGUUGUCUGCUUCAAAUCCUGAGCCAACUGUCAGUUGAUCUGUAAAUUUUUAACAAUUAAAAAUGAUCCCAAUCCACUGUU